AACAGCCGUGACGCAUCCUCUCUCUCUCCUCUGUUCUCCCCCUCCCUUUCCCACCCCCGAGCUGGUUUAAAACGCCUCCCUCCCCCCGUCACCAGCCUUCUCCUUGGGGCCGGCUCGUCCUCCCUCCGCAGUGCUCGGCGUCGCUUUGGAGGGGGUGGGAAAACCCAGCUGAGCCGCUCUGCCCAUUUCCCAUUUCCCCCUUCCCCCGCCCGCCCCAGCUUGUGGCGGCUCCGGUGUCUGGAGGAAUUUCUGCCGCCGCCUGCCCCGGCUGGGUGCGAGAGGCGGGCGGGCAGGGAGGCAGCCGAGCAGUAGCAGCAGCAGGAGGAGGAGGAGGAGGAGGGGGCAGCAGCGAAAGCGGCUGCAGCGGGAGAUGAGCUGCAGCGGGAGGACGGUGCGGUGCAGCUUUUUGCGGCGGGGAGCCCUCCCUGGUCUCCGCCACUCUGUUCCCCUUUAACUGGGAGCAGCUGAAGAGCAGAAGAUCCGUGGUUGUUGCUGGUGUUUCCACCACUACCUUCAUCAUCACCCAUCUCUAAAGACAGCGGGAAAUAACGCUCCACCGCCGGACAACAGGAUUUGGUGUUUCCAGGAUAAAGAUCGCUUUUUCCCCUCCUGAUCCCUCACUUCCUAACCCUGCCCGUGCCCUGGCCGGGGGCGGCGGACCAGGCGGGGGGGGUAACAAUGGUGAAGUUUCUGGUGAGUUCUGGCUGCGCCCUGGCUGCGUCGGUGCUGCUCCGUCUCCCUGUCGGAUCGCGGUGAGGAGAAAAUGAGCGAAGAGACGGCGACUUCUAACAACGAAAAAGAAAAUGAGCAAGAUCCUAUUCCAGUGUCUUUGAAUCAGACAAUCCUAGUUUUACUGAAGAGCUAAACACGACUUCAUGUAUCCGAAGUAAUAGUUAUGCACGAGUGCGAGCUGUGGUGAUGACCCGGGAUGACUCAAGUGGUGGAUGGUUACCACUUGGAGGGGGUGGACUAAGCUGUGUCACAGUCUUCAAAGUCAUUCCCCAGGAAGAGAAUAGCUGUGCUGAUUUUCUUAUCCAUGGAGAACGACUCAGGGAUAAAACGGUGGUCUUGGAAUGCACAUUAAAGAAGGACCUCGUUUACAACAAAGUUACUCCUACUUUUUACCACUGGAAGAUUGAUGACAAAAAGUUUGGCCUCACAUUUCAGAGUCCUGCUGAUGCAAGAGCGUUUGACAGAGGUAUUCGGAGAGCAGUAGAGGAUAUUUCUCAAGGUUAUCCACCCUCCCAAAAUGAUGUUGAAGUGGCAGAUGACUGCUUUCAAACUACUCAAGAAAAUACAUCAGGUUCAUUAAUGAAAGAUCAACUUUUCCAACACGAAACUGUAGUAACCAGUGAACCUUACAACAGUGCAAAUUUAAGGCCUUCCACGUUUGAGGAUUUCAGCACCAGGAGAGCCUGUUUUUCCAGCCAGCCUAACCAGGUCCCACUGAAGUCAAUCAGACACGUUAGUUUUCAGGAUGAAGAUGAAAUUGUUAGAAUAAACCCUCGUGACAUUUUGAUACGUCGUUAUGCAGACUACAGGCAUCCUGACAUGUGGAAGAACGACCUGGAGAGGGAUGACGCAGACUCAAAUAUACCAUUUUCUAAAUCAGACAGUAAAAAAUCUGACUAUUUAUACCCAUGUGGGGAUGGAACUAAGUUGAAUUCCCUGAAAGACUCAAAGACUUCUGUGGUAUUUAAAACUCAGCCUUCCUCAUCGAAAUUUAAAAACUCGAAGAGACGGAAAGAGGAUGGUGAGCGUUCCCGCUGUAUAUACUGCCAGGAAAGGUUUAAUCAUGAAGAUAACGGCAGAGGAAAAUGUCAAGAUGCGCCAGAUCCUAUUAAAAGAUGUAUCUACCAAGUUAGUUGCAUGCUUUGCGCAGAGAGCAUGCUCUAUCACUGCAUGUCGGACUCUGAAGGAGAUUUCUCAGAUCCUUGCUCGUGUGACACUAGCGAUGACAAGUUCUGCCUGCGCUGGUUGGCGCUGGUGGCGCUCUCCUUCAUCGCUCCCUGUAUGUGCUGCUACCUCCCCUUGCGAGCGUGCCACCACUGCGGUGAGGUGUGCGGGUGCUGUGGAGGAAAGCAUAAAGCCGCGGGAUGAAUCGGUCUUGUGCCAAACAGAGCUGAAAAAUCUUUGUUUCCAGGAAGCCUCUAACUUGGAUUUGUAGAAGCUUUUUGGCAAGCUGAAGGGAGUCGUCUUUCAUGUAAGAGAUGCUUGAUGUGGAGGAAGCGACAAGACUUGCCACACCUUGGCGUUUUACAAGUGCUAGCCAUGCCUAACUAUUUCCUUUGAGUGCGUGGCGUUUGUUGCAGGUUGUGAAGGAGGUUUUGCAAGGAAAGCCUAUUCUUAUUAUUGGCUAUAAAAUGAGUAUAUAAACUAUGAUUAUACUAAAAGGGAUUAACUUUUGCCACUUUGUACAUUCAUGGUUUAGGUGAGGGGGCUCUUUUAAAAGGAUUAAAACUUACCUGAGGGGAAAUUUUAACUAAAAGUGCACUAGUGACAGUUGAUCUAAGAUUAAGAAAAGUUAAUACUCGGUAAAUGAGAAAUGAAACUGAUUUUAAGUGCAACUAAAUCACUUAUUAAUAGUUUUUUUGGAAGCGACUUUAUGUAUAAAUAACAAAUGUUUAUAUUUAACUAAAUGUGUAAGGUACGAAUUAUUACAUGUUAAACUUUCCUUCCCUCUGAUAUAGUAGGUAUGGACCAUAUCUACUGCCACAUUCCAUGGUAGUAUUUUAAAUAUUUAAUUAGUUAAUUUAGUUGCAUUUUUAUUCCAGAUGGACAAAUUGAUAUUUUCAGUCCUGUUUUCCCUUCAGCUACAGUUUGUGUUGAGUUGUAUCCAUACAUUCUGAUAAUCUAAAAACCUUUAAAAUAUUAAUUAUUCUAGUCUUGAGUGACCAAUAUUUUUUUGUUAAGCACAGAUGUAAUUGUCUAAAAUGUUCUUUUUAGAACAUAACAUUUAUUUUUAUAUAUAAAUGACUUUGAUUUCAACAUCAUAGCAAAAAGGAAGUUGUUUCUGUUGCUCAACCAGCAAGUUGUUUUCUUUUGGGGUGUCCUCCAAAAAUACUUUAUUGCAUAGUCAAAUGUUCAUUAAGCGAAAGGUACAUUAAGGCAGUUGUAACAAAUUGUCAUCAGUGUUCUUGUUUAUCCUUCUGUUAAACUAGGAUCCUGUUCAGCUGUUUAUCAAGUACUAUGAUUAAAACAAAAGAUUAAUAACAAAA